AUGAAUGACAAAUGUAUCGAUUUCCAUUUGGGUGGCGAUCGUAGUGACAUUAGCCUAAAUAAUAUACUACAAUUUGCUACUUGUGAUGAGGAGGUACCACUUCUUGGAUAUGAAAAUGGAGUAAAACCGUCUACGACAUUUCACGAAGUAGCUGAAAAUAAAUCCUUUAUACCAACGGCAAAUACAUGCUUGCUGCAGAUUACUGCUACCAACACCAUCAGUCUUGAGAUUGCUUUGCCAGAUGAGGAAACCUUGUUUCAACUGUACGAUAUGGCUUUUUUAAAUGCAUAUUUCGGACGCAAAUAA